CAAUAACAAUAAUUCAAUUAGAACUAAAACUGAAUUUUUAAAAAUGGUUUAUACUUUGAAAGUUUAUAAUGACGCGAUUAAAUUCAUUGAAGCUAUACAAAAGGGAACUGAAAUUAUAUCAAAAUUACUAUAUUCGAAAAAUAGAAUGGAGGUAUUGGAAGCAAUGAAUUUUUUUGUUUUAACAGAUGCAUAUGGAAUUGAAAAUUCUAAUUUAGGCAUUAAAAAAAUGUUGCAUUUAAUUUGGAUGGGUGGAUCAAAUGAUGAAGGCAAUAGUAUUUCAAAUCAUUUGGUGAAUUCUUAUAAUACAUUAUUUUUAACCACUCCCGAAAAGAUUUCCACACUUGAAAAAAACGCUUUUAUUGCUAAAAAUCUCAUCAAGUUAACAUAUGAUACAUCAAUGGCAGAUUUGGCCUCGUUGGAGAAGCUUUUGUGUGCCAUGUAUGAAAAAGAUUUUAUUAAUGAGUCGGUCGUUAAUAUUUUAUGGCAGAUAUAUACAUUUAAGGAAAAGGAUUUUAGUAAGAAACAACGCUGUGGUGCUAUUAUUGUGAUUGGGAUGAUUUCAUUUAUUGACAGUGAGAUUGCAGUAAAGGGAAUUGAUGCAUUGCUUAAGGUAGGAUUGGGUAAAAAGGGAAGAGAGGAUUUAAUGUUAGCAAAAUAUAGCUGUAUUGCAUUGCAAAGAAUUGUUCCAAUGAGCAAGAUUGAAAAAAACGAAAGGAAUAGAGCAAUGAGGAAGAAUAAGUUGUUAGAUGUUAACAAAGAAAAUGAGGCACUUGAGAGAUUAAGUAAAAUGAUUUAUUUGUAUAAUGAAGAUGCUGAAUGGUUCAGUGUUGCCGAACAAGCUAUAAAUGCGAUCUAUUGUAUUACGAGCAAUGCAAAUACGACAUGCAGUGAAAUUAUUAAGAAAAAAAUCCGAGCUGUGUUUGAGAAUCCUAAAGAAGAGGAAAAACAAGUUAUUGGGUUAUCACAGUUGUUGUUUAUUGUGGGACACAUCUCUAUAAAGACUAUUGUGCAUUUAGAGAAAUGCGAAGCAAUAUUUAAAAAGAGGAAAAUUGAGUUAGAAAUGGAAAACGCUAAGAGCAAGAAGAAAAAUAAAAACAGCGCUGAAGAUGAUUUAGAAAUGAUUGGAGCAACAACCGAAGAUGAUUUUACGGAAGUUAUUAACGAAGUUAGGGAAAAUGAGUUGUUAUAUGGAACAAGCUCGAUAUUGGCAAGAUUUGGACCACUAGUGAAAGAAAUUUGCAGUAAAGAGGAAAAAUAUCAGGACAAGAUGUUACAGAGAUCAGCAGUUCUUUGUAUGUGCAAAUUUAUGUGUGUAUCAAAAAGAUACUGUGAAGAUAACUUGGAUUUGUUGGUGUACAUAAUGGAGAACUCACCAGAUCCAGUGAUUAGAUCGAACGCAGUGUUGUCUCUAGGGGACAUGGCAGUUUGCUUUAACAAUUUGGUUGAUGAAAAAACGGACAAUCUUUAUGGAUGUUUGCUUGACAAAGACCUCAUGGUUCAAAAGACGUGCAUGAUGACAGUGACCUUUUUGAUCUUAGCUGGACAGGUGAAGGUGAAGGGCCAAUUGAGUCAAAUGGCCAAAUGUUUGGAGAACAGCGACCCAGCUAUCUCAGAUAUGUGCCGGAUGUUCUUCCAGGAGUUGGCUACCAAGGACAAUGCCAUCUACAACGGGUUCAUAGACAUCUUCAGCGGGUUGUCGAAUGACAAGGAGAUUGAGCGAGACUCUCUCAAGCGUAUACUCCGGUUCCUCAUUGCGUUUAUCACGAAGGAGAAGCAGCAGAAGCAGCUCGCCGACAAGCUUGUGCAAAGGUUGAGCAGGGCAGAGAGCGAAGAGGAAUGGAAGAACGUUGCCUUUGUACUCCAGACGUUGCCUGUGAAGAGCGACCAGAUCAGCGAGGCUCUUGCUGCGAAGUACAAGAGUAUGGCAGCUCGCUGAGCAGCAGCACCAC